UUUACAGAACUACAGGAAACCAAGACAUCCCAAUUUUACUCUCUUUCCCAUCACCCCUUAGACUACAGGAUAUUAGUGAUGGAUGAAGAUCAAGACCGGAUCUAUGUUGGCAGCAAAGAUCACAUUCUGUCUUUGAAUAUCAAUAAUAUAAGCCAGGAGCCACUGAGCAUUUUCUGGCCAGCAUCAACCACCAAAGUUGAUGAGUGCAAAAUGGCUGGCAAAGAUCCUACACAUGGUUGUGGCAAUUUUGUUCGGGUGAUACAGACGUUCAACCGCACCCACCUAUACGUUUGUGGGAGUGGGGCAUUUAGCCCUGUAUGUGCAUACCUCAACAGAGGACGAAGAUCGGAAGAGCAAGUUUUCAAGAUCGACUCCAAAUGUGAAUCGGGGAAGGGACGCUGCUCUUUCAACCCCAAUGCAAACACUGUCUCUGUUAUGAUCAACCAAGAAUUAUUUUCGGGCAUGUAUAUUGAUUUCAUGGGGACUGACGCUGCCAUUUUUCGCAGCUUAACCAGGCGGAAUGCAGUGAGGACCGAUCAACACAACUCUAAAUGGCUAAGUGAGCCCACAUUUGUGGAUGCCCAUCUCAUCCCAGAUGGCACUGACCCUAAUGAUGCUAAGGUGUACUUCUUCUUCAAAGAGAAGCUGACGGACAACAGUGGCACAACCAAGCAGAUCCACUCCAUGAUUGCCAGAAUAUGCCCCAAUGACAUGGGUGGACAGCGUAGUCUUGUAAACAAAUGGACAACUUAUUUGAAAGCAAGACUUGUGUGUUCAGUCAUGGAUGAUGAUGGCACAGAGACCUACUUUGAUGAAUUAGAGGAUGUUUUUCUACUAGAAACAGAUAACCCAAGAACAACACUUAUAUAUGGCAUUUUCACAACCUCCAGUUCUGUAUUUAAAGGCUCAGCAGUCUGUGUGUAUCACUUGUCCGAUAUCCAGCGAGUGUUCAAUGGACCAUUUGCACACAAGGAAGGGCCAAACCAUCAGCUCAUUCCCUAUCAGGGAAGAAUUCCUUAUCCACGACCAGGGACUUGUCCUGGAGGAGCCUUCACACCCAACAUUCGGACAACCAAGGAGUUUCCAGAUGAUGUGGUCACCUUCAUCAGGAAUCAUCCCUUGAUGUUUAAUUCCAUCUAUCCAGUCCAUAAGAGGCCAUUAAUUGUUCGGACAGGCACGGACUACAAGUAUACAAAGCUAGCAGUUGAUCGUGUCAGUGCUGCAGAUGGAAGAUACCAUGUUUUGUUUCUUGGAACAGACCAGGGAACAGUGCAGAAGGUGGUGGUACUGCCCACUAACUCAUCGGCUAGUGGAGAGCUCAUCUUAGAAGAACUGGAAGUUUUUAAGAAUAAUGCUCCAAUAACCACAAUGGCCAUUUCAUCUAAAAAGCAACAGUUGUACGUGAGCUCUGAUGAAGGCAUCACCCAGGUUUCCUUACACCGUUGCCACAUCUAUGGAACAGCCUGUGCUGAUUGCUGCCUGGCCAGAGACCCUUACUGUGCCUGGGAUGGCAAUGCCUGCUCCAGGUUCUACCCAACGGGCAAAAGGAAGAUGAUUUAUCCAGGAGAAGAGCUGUUGAGGCGGAGUCGAAGGCAAGAUGUGAGACAUGGAAACCCAAUGACUCAGUGCCGAGGAUUUAACCUAAAAGGUUACCGAAAUGCAGCUGAGGUCAUUCAGUAUGGAGUCAAGAAUAACACCACUUUCCUUGAGUGCACACCUAAAUCUCCACAAGCUUCUAUUAAAUGGCUUUUGCAAAAGGACAAUGACAGAAGGAAAGAGGUCAAACUCAAUGAAAGAAUCCUAGCAACUCAACAAGGGCUUUUAAUUCGCUCAGUGCAGGAAGCUGACCGUGGACUUUACCACUGUAUUGCAACAGAAAAUGGCUUCAAGCAAACGAUAGCCAAGGUUAACUUCAAGGUUUUGGAUUCAGAUACCGUGGCCUUCAUGACUGAAAAGUGGUCUCCGUGGACCUGGGCCAGUUCACUCCACGCUUUGCAGUUUCACCCAAAGGACCUGGCUGGAUCCUUCAGUCACUCAGAACUGCAGAUGAUUAAUCAAUAUUGCAAAGACACACGGCAACUUGGGCAGCAGGCUGAAGAUCCCCCAAAGAUGAGAGGGGACUAUGGCAAACUAAAGGCCCUUCUCAACAGCCGGAAAAGCAGAAACCGCAGAAAUCAGUUGCCUGGGUCUUAAGGGCUGCCCUCGGACGUCAAACUUCUUCUUUGUCACCACUGUCAUCUUGUAACCUCGCUCAAGGGAUUCCUUUUUAUUUGGUGGUUUUGUUUCCCUGCUGAGAGUAGAGCGAAACAGUAAUAAAGCACACUCUGUAAAAGUUCAGGACACAUAAACCGUGUAAGCUAGAAACAGAAUAACGAAGACCAAUUCCAAAGAGAUUUCAGUUGGGAAGCAACCUAUUGACUCCACCUUGCUUUCACUCUCUAAGUCUGAUGAUGAGCCUUAACAGAGAGUAUUGUGCCAUGUUUCAAUGUCAGCUUUGUUUUCUUAAUACGGAAAACAGAUGACGAUGCACUGAAUGUUCAGCUUGGAAUAAUGCAAGGUGGGAAGAAAGAGUGGUGAGGACGGAAAGUGAGUUGGAGUGGUCUUUAUAGGCAGCUCUUCCACCUACAUAUAUAAUUCUGUGUGCAUCUCUGUGUGAUUCUCUCUGUUUACGGUACGUUACAUUGGAAAACUAGCCCUUGUGGAUACAAGAAAAGUCAAUUUCCCAUAUUAAUGCCACAAACUAUUCAGCUUUCAUUGUGUAUUUCUAGAAAAUGCAACCUAAAAGCAGACACAUAGAUACCUCCAUAACUACUAGACCCAGAGGAUCAAAUGAAGGAGAAGAGUAGCAUGAACAGAAAUGCUUGCUGAAAGUUACAAUAAUUUAUUUUAUUACACAUCUCACAUGUAGUGCAAUAGUACACACAGUGUACAUAAUACACAUAGUUAAUUAUGUGUAGAUAGAUUUACAUCAGUAAUUUGAUCUAGUUAGGAAUGUGAAAAUGUUUUAAACUGAACCUGAAAAAGGUUAAUGAAAUACCCACCUGCAACCCUCAGAGGUUUACAGCAUAGCCUCCAUAAUGAUGGGCAAGCUAUCAAUAUAGAUAUCAAUAUAUAAAUGCAUAUGCACACACAUACAGAUGGCUAUUGUAUGUAUUCAUUGCAUUGUCCAAUAUCUUGUGUAGAGAUAUAAGCUGUUCAUGAUAUGUGUUCAUAAAGUGUGAAGGCAACAUAGACUUGUACCAAGGCCACCCUUAGUGGCACCAAAAAUUAAGUCUUCUCCAUUAGCUUCAUUCCAACUUUCUUGCACUGAGAAGGUGGGUCAGAAAGGACACUCUUCAUACAUUCGUCUGAAUAUCUUUAGAAUCGUUUGCAUGAUCAGGAAUGUUGGGUUUCCAGUCAUGGAAGAUCCUAAGCAAAGUAUCCAGUUUUCAUGUUCCAUGAGGGAUGGUCAAGAGUGAAGUCCAAGGGGAAGAACUCACAGAAGUGCAGUUGGCACCUGUGCCACCAGUUCCCUCCAAUUUGUGGUCCAGUGUUGAUAGUGGGUUAAUGAUGAAAAAUCUAUACUUCAGCGCUAUCCUUUUCUCAUUUAUUCUCAUGUUAAAUUUAAUUAAAUUCAGCAUCAGCUUGUGACUUUUUUAAAGGCCACUCAACAAUAUGGCUUUCUUUACUAAUACAUGUCUUUGGUAUGCAGCUUUACCUAAUAUGUGCACACAUUCCUUAUUUAUAUAUUUUUGACUUUUUAACAGGAGAAUUGCAUUGCAAAACUCAAAGAAGUACAAAUAAUGAUGGCAACUGCAUAAGGCAGAAUAUUCAUUUGAGAAAUGUAAGUCAAGUAGGAAUGUACAAAAGUGUGAGCCAAGCAAAUUGAUUCCUUGUCCCUAGUUUGGUCUGAAAGUUUCAGAAUCAACUGGUUUUCCCCUGAGGCUUGCUUAAGAAGCAGCUAUGCCAAACAACCUCUAAUAUCCCUUUGAUCUUGUGUGAAUCAUGCCCUCUUCUAAGGGCAUUUCAUGCAAACUGAGAGGUAGUUAGCCAAUCUGUUGUUGUUGACCCCCACCCUGGGUCAGUGUAUUCUUUCUCCAUGACAUUUCUCAAACAGAUGUUGAGCUUCCCACACAAAUAACUCCCAGUUCUCAUAUAUACUGUAUAACAAAUUUUGUAAAUUAAAUAACAAGCGUACCUAAAGACGAAUGCUUUAAUGCCCUUUUUAAAACACUUCACCAAAUUUCUCUUAAUAUCACAGUUUUCAACUUCCACAAGGGUAAAAUAAGCCUGUGUAAGCAUAACUCCACUUUGCCUCCAUUUUUCAUCUUCCUUGCAAUAACUUCAGUCUAUGAGAGGUUUUGUUUCCUCUUUUCUAACCCUUCCAGUGAUCAUAAAGAAAUGAAUAAAGCUGCCAACCUCUAGUCUGUUCUCUGUCGCACUUCUCACUGACACUUAAUGAAGUGUCUAGUCUUAGACGGGAUCCCCACAAGUUCUUGGGGACAACACUCAAAACUAAGCGCACUGUAGAAAUGUUCCUGAAAGCAAAAUCAAUAUGGAGAGUGAGUUACAUCAUAGCAUGAUGCCAUUUAAUUGCAGGGCACAGCAGUAACGCUCUUCAAAGAUACUCUUAGUAAACCUUUUUCACGCAUUUCAUUCAAAAGAGGAAGAUUGAUCUCCAAGUUGAAUGCCCAUUGUGUAUGGGGUGUAAUGGCCCACAUGGAAGUAAUUGCUCUCAAGCUUUUCUUGGCUGAUCUUAGAAUUGAAAGUCAUACAAGCAGUGAUUUAAAGAUACUGAUUUCUGAUAAGUAAGUUUAUUGCAAAAUCUAGGGAAGCUGUUUGGGAGAAAUUCCAACAACUGCAAGCUCUACCAAAACUGAUCUCAAGAUUAAUUUCUGGUGGCCUCUUCCUCUGGAUGGUUAAACAAGCUUGACACAUUCUGCUUUUGGUCAAGAGGAAGAGCUUACCACCUGUCCCUUGUUACUGCAAUACAUUAGUCUGGUUUCAAGCUGUUUCUUUCUGAUCUUGCCAGGACUAGCUCUCACAGCUACUUAAUAGAAAAUUGCUUUCAGUAUAGCAUACAUUCAAUCCACCAUGAGAACACAAGAAGCCAAUAAUUAGGUAUACUGGGAUAGGGAGGAAAAGUAUUGUGUUUAGCCCUUGUAAUGACAUUAGAACAGCCUUCCCCAGAUGUGCUGGUUUCAACUCCUAUAAUUCCCCAACAUUCAUCAUGAUGCAAGAACCAAAAUCCUAACACAUCUAGUGGCUACAUUUGAGUAAUCACAAGUCACCACUGCCAGUGGAGUGCUACAGAAUAUUUUUCAAAAUGCUGCAUAUCUGGUAUUAUGAGGCCACCAUUAAAAAACCAGAAUACUAAUGUAACCUUCACAGAAUAAAGCUACCUCCUGUAUUCUUAUUUGGGCUUCCCAUAUAGGUUAUUUCUGAACAUUGCAAUUUCCAAUUGGCAUAUCUAUCAUCUAUCUAUAUCUAUCUAUCUAUCUAUCUAUCUAUCUAUCAUCUCUCUAUCUCAGAGUGCAAUUAAUACAGUAUUAAUAACAGCGAUAAAAGUUGAUUUUAGGAUGAAGCACUACAGUUGAUAAGAAUUCCAGGCCACCGUUCCUUAAACAGCCAACUUUGAUUACAGCUAAAUUGACACUCAUUAGAUGUGAGAAAUUAUGAUCAUUAACAUGCUGUAUAAAAAAUGCGAUACUGGUCAUAUUUGCCAAUUAGGUGACCAAAUCAGUAGAGUUUUAAGUUUCAAAACUGUAUUUUUUAAAAAAUCUGUUUUAUAUAGUGAUAUGACUGUUUAAGGAAUUAAGCUUAAACUUCUUUUGUCUCUGUAGCAUGAACAGUUAAAUAUCUCCGUAACAAUCUUUUGUUAAUUUGUAGCAAAUCAUUAGCAUGUAUGAAAUUCAGGGGUUCAUCUAGGCAUAGUCUUGAUAGAGCAAUGUAAAUAUAUACUCCUGGUGAUAUGUCCAAAGCUUUAAUUAAAUAAUCUUAUAUCGCCCUGAGCAGAAAAACAGAACUAAACUGAGGUCUAUUUCAAGCACUAAUGCAAAUACUUUUUCCUAUCACAUUUAGUGCAUAAUUUACUGUGUACAGUGGGCCCAAGCCUAGUAAUGUGCCUGUCCUUUUUUUUGGGGGGGGGGGACUGCACACAUGGGGUUGUUUGAUGUACAAUCCUGAUGUCACCAUUACACUUCUAAGCAUGGAGAGAUGCAAGCAUCUCUUAGCUUUCUAAUGUUUAUAUCAUACACAUACAUGCUUGAUACCAUUUAUAAUCUCUAAAAAUCCAUUCAUUUCUGACAAAUGAUUAAAAGCAUUAAAAGAGCCCUACCAAUUAAGACCAAAGGUGCUAUUGUGAAGCCAUUGUGCGUAAUAGCCAUGCCACCUCUGAGCCUGGAAAUAGUACAUAGCAAUCAUGACUAAUAACUAUCAACAGCCUUAUGAUUCAUGAAUUUGCCUAAUAUGGAUAUGUAGUAUUUUGGAUUACAUCUGCAAAAAGUACUUCGGAGCACAGGGUGGGGAACUUAACACCUGUCUGCAGUUCUUUAAAUAACCGUUUCAUUCUUUGAAACUGCAUGCUGUUGUCUAGACUCUAAUUUUGAGGGUUUCUGCGUCAUGGCAAACUGAGAUUAUGACUGGUUGAGUUAUUUUUUGUCUUACCCUCAUUCUUCUUCUGGUUUCCUUCUCUUUUCCACUUCUUUCCUAUUUUUCCUAUCCUUUCCUUUCUCUUUGCUUUCCUUCCUCUAAAGGAUGGACUUGGCUCAGCCCCAGCCUUGAGCCUCCUAAAAAUUUAUACUCACAGUUGAGAAAAAAAUCACUAUAGUUAGACUCUGACCACUUCCUCAGUCAAACCAUAAGGGAAAGAAAUGUACUGAGGGUAGGCAUUAGUUUUUUAGACCCUUUAAAACAAAAAAUGCUGGAAUUGGGAAUUUUUAAAAAAAUGCUAGAAUUCUGGAACUGGGAAUGGAUCAGACUGAUUGAUACAAGGUGGAUUCGACUAGUACUUCGUGAACUUGGAUCCAGCCUGAGUUCACUGGGCAAUCCUUAUAUAGCCCUUAUACAUGACAGUUCCAUCAACCCAACCUUCUAAACGCAGUGUUCUCCAUAGAUAUUGCCCUUCAAUUCCAUUAAUUCCAACCAGCAGGCUCUCCAACUAGAAUGAUGGUCAACAUCUGGAGAACAUCAUUUUGUAGAAACCUGACACAGAGUUUUGUUAAAAUUCUGCCCAUUUAUCUUGAUAACACAAACAUUUAUGUUUAUAAUAUUGGUUGUUUGGUUUGUUUUUAUUUAAUAUCUUCCUAUUUUGAGGAUACUGAAUAAUGUAUAUAAUUCUUUUUUAAAAAAAUUGAAGAAACAUCUUCUAGACCUGAAUUUGCCAAAUGUAAAGAUGCUCGAUACUAUUUUUUUUUUUGUUUUGUGACUGCUUUUGUCAUUUGUAAAGUUGGAUGAAAUUUUCUUCAACAAUGCAUUCUUUGUGAUUGUCGGUACUGUAGAUACAUGUAUUUCAUCUUUUAAAAAUCCCUUCUCUUAUGCCAGAUAUGAAUGUGUAUAGUUUUAGCAUGAUGAAGCCCAUGAAGGUGAAUAUGUGGUAGAUUUUGAAUUAAAAAUAAUAAUAAAAAAAAUAAUACAGUACUAUUUAAUUGGAUACCCCAACUAUUAUUUGCCUGAAAAAUAAAGGGUGU